GUGUAAUUAUGAAGAACACCUACUAACGUAAUGGGCAUCGUAGUUGAGGGUUACUAGAAAAAGGGUUCACUCUCGCAGCUGAGCUCUACUUGUUUGAACCUCUCUCUGGACUCAAAUUCCAAAUCAUCUCCCAUCAUCACUUAUUCACACCGCGUACACCCAAAAAAACAAACCGACAAGAGAGAGAAGAGAAGAGAGAGAGGGAAGAAAUUUCUGUAGCUUGAGAUUGCUCGGAGACCAAAUAUGAGUUUGGCAUGUCUUGUAUGCCAGAGUGUCGAAAGCCCUUCACAUUCAUUCAGGAGUUACUCUAUUUCGAGUUCAGACAACGAGGGAAGAUGUUUGGCAAUGAAAAACUGCUUGGUGAGGAAGGUAUCUCUUGCACACCCUACAGCACAGACUAAUAUUGCCUCUUCGUCUAAGGUGACUCCACAACCAAGCGUUCCAAAUGGAGCUGCAGGGACCCCAAGGCUAGUGCGAAGCCGAGCUGUUAGAAGAGACCUCGUCAUAAACUGGAAUUUUGACGAAGUCCUGAUGGAGCGGUAGUCUAAGAAUCUAGAGUUGGAGCGGAUGCCCCCUCUCUUCGGGUCAGCAUUCACAGAGAGAGAGAGAGAGAGAGAGUAGUUUGUACCUGCUUCACCUUUCAUUUUGGUGCUGUUGAACUCUUUCCUGUAAUUUGAGUAUAAGCAUCUGUGAAACUUGUGAAGUGUUUUAUUGGAAGAUGUUGUUUAUGGUUGUA